AUUCCCAUCAACAUAGUCCAUCAAAAUACUGUCAAGUCAUCUCCUUUUAACUUGUCUCGUCAAAUACUUCAACAAGUCAAAGUCAUGCUCAUCUAUUAAGAUCUAACACACCACUAUUAAUAAACCCAUUUCUAUUCUCUAUCCAUACAACAAAACCCAAUUAUAUAAAUCACCAUACCUAUAACCAAUUCAAGCUCCAUCAACACCUAGCUCAUCCAUGGCUACCACCACCAUACUCCCACCAGCAUACAUGAACUCAACCGCCGCACCACCAUGGCUAAACAAAGGAGACAACGCAUGGCAACUAAUCGCCGCCACUCUAGUGGGUCUCCAAUCCGUACCAGGACUCGUCAUCCUGUACGGAAGCAUAGUCAAGAAAAAAUGGGCAGUAAACUCAGCUUUCAUGGCCUUAUACGCUUUUGCCGCAGUAAUCAUAUGUUGGGUUACAUGGGCAUAUAAAAUGUCUUUUGGGUAUAAACUCUUACCAUUUUGGGGUAAACCCGGUCCAGCACUAGACCAAGAUUUUCUCCUAGCUCGGUCUAAGCUACCGGCGACGGCUCGAAAAGGUGAGCCCAUGGUGGAGGUGUUUUACCCACAAGCAGCAAUGGUAUGGUACCAAGGGAUGUUUGCUGCUAUAACUGUUAUACUAUUGGGUGGGUCUGUGUUGGGGAGGAUGAAUAUAAGGGCAUGGAUGAUGUUUGUGCCCUUAUGGUUGACUUUUUGUUAUACGGUUGGUGCCUUUAGUUUGUGGGGUGGUGGGUUUUUGUAUCAAUGGGGUGUUAUUGAUUAUUCUGGUGGGUAUGUCAUUCAUGUUUCUUCUGGGAUUGCUGGCUUGACCGCUGCUUAUUGGGUAGGACCAAGAUUGAAGAAAGACAGAGAAAGAUUUCCACCAAACAACAUAUUACUUAUGUUGGCAGGAGCAGGAUUAUUAUGGAUGGGAUGGUCAGGUUUCAAUGGAGGAGGAACAUUCAGUGCUAAUAUUGAAUCAUCAUUAGCUGUUGUUAACACUAAUAUUUGUGCUGCCACUAGUUUGCUCAUGUGGACUCUUCUUGAUGUUAUUGUUUUCAAAAGACCUUCUGUUAUUGGAGCUGUUCAAGGCAUGAUGACUGGCCUUGUCUGCAUUACUCCUGGUGCUGGUCUCGUCCAAGGAUGGGCAGCAAUAGUGAUGGGAAUACUAUCAGGAAGCAUACCAUGGUUCACAAUGAUGAUAGUCCACAAAAAAUGGAAGCCCAUGCAAGUAAUUGAUGACACCCUAGGAGUCUUCCACACCCACGCCGUGGCCGGACUCCUAGGAGGAAUCCUUGUUGGUAUUUUCGCCCACCCUCACCUUACCUCGGAUGUAGGCAUUCCUAACGAGCGAGGCGUUAUAUAUGGCGGAGAUGGGGCCCUACAAAUAGGCAAGCAAGUAGUGGGUGGGUUGUUUGUGAUGGGGUGGAAUUUAGUAGCCACAUCUAUAAUAUGUGUGUUUAUUAGGUACAUAAUCCCACUUAGGAUGUCGGAAGAGGAAUUGCUUAUAGGAGAUGAUGCUGCACAUGGUGAAGAGGCUUAUGCUUUGUGGGGUGAUGGAGAGAAAUAUGACUCGGCCGUGCAUGGUAUACGUGGUGAUGAUAAUAUUAAUGUGCAUAACAUUAGGUCUAUUGGUGCUACUCAAGUUGUAUGAUGUACGUAAUGACUUUUGAGUUGACUUAUUGGUUAUUGGUUUUGUCUCUUUAUUAGUUGGUUAAAACACAAAAGAUAUCUUUGGUGAAUGACUUUUCACGCAAAAUAAAAAAUAAUAUUUUUUACCUGUUUUUAUCAAACAUCUUUAUGAACUGUUGGCUUAUCCAACUAGCUUAAAAGGACAACAAAAAUAGACAACAACUACAUGUCGUUUGUCAAACACCGUAUUUUGUUAUUGAUCAAUUUGUCUUGAGUGAGUUUGUAAAAUAUGUUAGGAUGAGUGAGAUUGUAAAUUAAUUAUGUUAGCUAGAGUGAGAUUGUAAAUUAUGUUAGCUUGAAUGAGGAGGAAUGUAGUUUAAAUUUUAAAAUUGUAUGUGUUUUCAUUUUUAUAAAGAUUUGUGAUUGAGUCACAUUUGAAAUAGAAAGAAUUAUUGUUAAAAAAAAUAUCUUGUUACUGAGUUGUGAAAGAUAUAUCUAUCAUAGUUUCUAAGUUUUUUGUACAUG